AUGGACACCGAUUUGCUAAACGUUUUAACAUACAACGUCCGCACAUUGAUGCAAGAAGAACGUCUCAUUGAACUGGAACACGCUCUUAAGGAUAUUAAAUGGGACGUGAUUGGUUUAUCAGAAGUACGCAGGGAGGGAGAGCAGACCGUCGAGAGAAUCGAUAAUGUCUUUUACCACUUCGGAACAGCAGGCGGGCUGUAUGGAGUUGGUUUCCUAGUACAUAAGAAGUGGAAAAGCAACAUUAUCGAAUUCACAGGCUACUCUGAGAGAAUAGCGGUGUUAAAAUUUCUCAUAGAUAAGAAACACACACUAACCAUCAUCCAAGUUUACGCCCCCACAUCUUCACAUAGCGAUGACGAGGUAGAACGUUUUUACGAUCUCCUCAACAAAGCUUGUGAAGAAAAUCGAGGAACAUGGAACAUCGUCCUUGGCGAUUUCAACGCAAAGGUUGGCAUUAGGGCAGAACUGGAUAACUGCGACGUAAUUGGACCACAUGGACUUGGUAUCCGAAACGAGCGAGACGACAUCGUUUUGUUCUCCCACACUGCACCCCAUCUACAACAAAUGCUACAAGACCUUAGCACGGCAAGUCUUGAAGUCGGACUCACAAUGAACAUGGCCAAAACCAAGUUGAUGACCAACAGGGGGAAAGAUACGGUCACGGUUGAUGGACAGGAUAUCCAAUAUGUCGACGAAUACAUCUAUUUGGGCCAGAUAGCAUCCUUCGAAAACAGGCAGUGCAAAGAAAUCGAUCGACGCAUCGAGAACGCCUGGAAGAGCUUCUGGUCCAUGAAGACGCUAAUGAAGGGCAACCUUCCACUGACACUAAAGCGCAAACUCGUCGACAUGUGUAUCCUGCCUAUCCUAACAUACGGCGCCCAAACUUGGUCAUUGACGGAAGCCCAAAAGUCCCGACUCAAGAUUUGCCAGCGAGCAAUGGAGCGCAGCAUACUCGGAGUCCGCAGAACCGAUCGGGUUAGGAACACCGAACUGCGCUCCAAAACUGGUAUUGUAGAUGCACAGUAUCACCAGCCCCGCAAGGCCUCCGCGGGCGGCGAGUUCGUGUGGUCGUGCCCGCAGCCAGAUUAA